CGGGCCUUCCGCGGGCGCCGCCGGCCCCGCCCCGCAGCGCCGCCGCCGCUGUCCGCGCCGGGCCCGCGCAGCGCCGGGCCCCCCAGCCCUCAGCAUGUUCCCCCGGCCGCCGCCCCUCUCCUGCGACACCUUCGUGGCGCUGCCGCCCGCCGCGCCCGGGGGCCGCGUGGUGUUCGGGAAGAACUCGGACCGGCCGGCGGACGAGGUGCAGGAGGUCGUGCACUUCCCGGCCGCCGCGCACCCGCCCGGCGCCGCGCUGGAGUGCACCUACAUCAGCAUCGAGCAAGUGGAGAGGACGCACGCCGUGGUCCUGAGCCGCCCCUCCUGGCUCUGGGGCGCCGAGAUGGGCGCCAACGAGCACGGCGUGUGCAUCGGCAACGAGGCGGUGUGGGGCAGGGAGGAGAUCUGCGAUGGGGAAGCUCUCCUCGGCAUGGACCUCGUAAGGCUUGGACUUGAGAGAGCAGACACAGCUGAAAAGGCUCUUAGUGUCAUAGUUGAUUUGCUGGAAAAAUAUGGACAGGGAGGAAACUGUAUGGAGAGCAACAUGGCAUUUACAUACCACAACAGUUUUCUGAUAGCUGACAGAAAGGAAGCGUGGGUGCUGGAGACAUCAGGAAAAUACUGGGCAGCAGAAAAAGUAGAAGGAAGCAUACGGAAUAUUUCCAACCAGCUCUCCAUCACAACCAAGAUUGACAGAGAACACCCAGAAUUGAAGGAAUAUGCCAAAAGCAAUGGCUGGUGGGAUGGAGAAAAGGAAUUUGAUUUUGCUGCCACGUAUUCUUAUGUCAAUACUGCCAGAAUGACCACAUCUGGAGGCCGAUAUUGUGAAGGCUAUAAACUUCUGAAUAAACAUAAAGGAUCUAUCACUGCUGAAAUAAUGAUGGAAAUUCUUCGUGACAAAGAGAGUGGCAUUAACAUGGAAGGUGGAUUUAUGACAACUGGCAGCAUGGUGUCUGUACUGCCUGAGCAGCCUAAUCUGCCCUGUAUUCACUUCUUUACUGGAACUCCAGAUCCUGCCAGAUCUGUAUUCAAGCCUUUCAUUUUUGUGCCCGGUAUUACUCAGUUAAUAAAAACUGCAUCCCCUACAUUUGGUCAUGAUGAUCCAGUUAAGAAGCAACCACGUUUUCAGAGCAAGCCAGAUCGAAGACAUGAGCUCUAUAAAAAACAUCAAAGUGCUGCUGUAGUUAUGGAAACUAUCAAGGACAAAGGUAAAAAAAUGCUCCAAGGGAUACAGGAGUUGGAGAAACAGAAGAUAAGUCAAAUGGAAUCAAUCCUGCAAAAUGGAUGCCUUGAUACUAAUCAAGUAGUUAAUCUUUUUUCACAGUGUGUAGAAGAAGAACUCAAAAUAUAUAGCUAAGAAUAAUAUUUGAAUGUGGUAAAAUUUGGAUCAUAAUUGGGUUUUCUAAUGAGGAAGCUAUAUAGAUUAACAUGCUGUUUUCAGUAUACCAUAUAGCGUGGACAGUUUUAAAGAUGCAGAUUCACAUUCAGGACAAAUGGCUUUUGAUGGUAAGAAUGCUGGAAAGGCUCCUAAGAGCCAGGCAGUGGCUUUGUACAUGGCACAAAGCUGUCAGCAGAGACUGAUUUUGCUAACAAAUAGAUGCAAUUAGAAUGCAAUAGCUUGACUGAAGUAGGGAACCACCCCAUCUCUGAAUGAAGAACACUAACUCAGUUCUGGAGAACUCUGUUCUAGCGUACAUACAUGUAGCUUUUGUAGUCAAGAGAAUUGCAGCAGAAUUUCAGACUACCUGAAUUAAAAUGGCCAUGCUGAAGACUUUCUAAAAUGUAGAAGCUAUGAUGAACACUGAAGAAAAAAGAAAGUGACACACAAACCAAGUAAGAUUGAUACUCAAUUGUUUGAUAAAACCAUUUUUAGAUAUUUAUUUUAGAUUUUUAGAUUUCAUAUAUGAACCUUCUACUCCUUCAUUGUAAAACAAGACUAAGAGUUCAAGGUAUAUUAAAACAAAUCACAGUUACAAUAAUAUUAUUUUACUGUGAGUGAUUGUGAAAUUUUAUUACAUGGAAUGCAAGCAGUCUGUAAGUAACCUGCACAUUUCACUUUCCUGUCUAUUUUUCCCACCCUGAUACUGAAAAAUAAACUUAUUUAUAUACAAAAUGAUUAUUGUCGAAUUAACUCUGCUGUGCACUUUAUAACAUCAUGGGGGAGUUCUAAAAUGUUUCUUGAAUUGUUACUUUUUAAAACUGGGCAACUAGAAAGGAAGAGUUUGGGCUACACAAGUAUAUACAUGUACUCAGCAGGACACUUAAAAGUACUUUUUUUUUUUUUCAUUUCAUAUAAAGCCUUUUAAACCAUGACUUGUCUUGCCAGAGUGAAUAGUCUAUGGAUUUAAUUUAAUCAAGCUUUUUGCCCUGCCAGCAACUCUUCCUUCCUGAUCCUGUUUAAAAGUAAUGAUCAAUAUAUGACACCACUUUUAUUAUCUGGGGCAGGGGUCAAACUAAACAAACAACAAAGAAGGUUCUGAUUUUACCUCAUGAUCAAUAAGUCAUGAGGAUAACAAGCAUGACUGCAAGGAAAAGCAGUAAAAAAAAGGCACUCAAAAUGCAGCACUUCUGCAAACCUUCAGAAGAAAAUAUGAAAUGGUGCACUAGAGCUGCAGCAGCAAUGUGAGACAUGACACUGCAUGCCCACAGACACAGCAAACCACAGAAAGAUUAUUCUUUGAUGAUUUUUCCUGUGCAGUUUUCUCAUUCUGUAAACUGUUCAAUACCCCCUGGUAAAAAAAAAAAUUAAAUAUAGAGAAUAGAUAGUCAAUAAAGUUUGCAGAAAUAAUACGAAAAUUAAGAGCUUGAUAGAAUUUAUUCUUUCUGAUCCUACAAUAAGAGUAGAAGUUAAUUAGGGAUGUUGUGUUCAGAUUCACAACAAGAAACUCCUGAGUUAGGAAAGGUUCAUGAACUUUCUGUUUCUAGUGACCUAAGGUGUACCACGAGGCAGCAGCAAGCAAGACUGGGAGGUAAGACAAACUAUGUUUGAAUUGACUGAACAUUCUGAGCGUCUGUUGGCAACAAAAUUUCUCAGAAGUUCAGUAGCACAGUGGUUCAAUACAGAAGUUCAAUAGUCCAGCUUGUUAACUGGAAGAUAGAUUUAAUAAAAAUUUGCUGUAUUUAUGGUUUUUUUUAUGGGAAGUCUGUAACAAUUAUGUAUCUUUUCCUGUUUUUGAUCAUGAGCUGUUCUACAGUGAUUCUUUCAUAACUUCCAGGCAUCAGUAAAUGCCAGGUGAAACUGCUGGAAACCAAGGUAUGAAUCAAGUUUUCAGGCAGUGUAGCAAACCAAGUGGAAGUUUUAUGCCACAGUGCAAAGAUUGAAGUUAUAUUGAAAGAACAGUAGUGAAGUUGGAGCAGGCCUUUAUGCAAACUUGGCCACUGAACCAUGGGGUAGCAAUUAACAAGGUAAAGCACAUGGGUCCAGUCACAAUUUAGGCAGAUACAGUCCAACCGUGCCUCUUAUUUAUGUGUUGAUUUUUCCUUACUGGUCUACAGGAUACAGAGUGAAAACAAUGUAAUGUGUGGAGACAGUUCAAGUGAUGGCCAGCAGAAUACAGGAUAUUUCACUACUUUUUUCCUUGGGAUUUCAUCCUCCUAGAAGACACGCAAUGUAAAAACAGAAAAUAAAGAUGGGAGCAGGAGAAACAAUUUUCCCUCCCACAACCUUAUAUAUAUAUAUCUAAAAAAAAUUAAAAAUCAGAAUGUCCCCUAGAGGGCAAUCUUCGCAUGGGUUUUCACCUAGGAAGGCUUCUUACUGACUUUAAAAGACCUAGAGUUUUAUAAAGAAUUAUUAUUGAAAUAAAAAAAUACUAAAAUUUAGUACUAGAAAACUAAGUGCUAUAUCCUUCCCUGUUCAUUAUGACAAUUAUUUUGAGAUUAGUCCUAGAAAAAAGAUCUGUUUUUUCACUGGACAUUCCUCUAAACUUGUUCAAUAGAUGUUUUCAUGGAACUUAGUUUCCAAGAGAUUUAUCCCAAACUAAUGCACCCUCAAAAUAAAGGAAGUCAUUGCACCACUGACCACUUCUUUACAGAAAAGCUGUUUCUAACUACCAGAAAUUCACAUAACAGUAUAUCAACUGUUGACAGAACGUCAGCUUGUCCAUUAUUCAAAACUUGUCAGUGCUCCUUGGUAGAAGCAAAUAUUUACCAGAUAGAAGGGUUACUUAAUUUUGUAAAGCAAUUCAAAGUAUAUUACUGGCUUCCAGAAGUACUCAGUGAUUUAGAAACAAAAUAUUAUAUCCUGUAUUUCAUUCCUAGCUUGUUUAGUCUAUUUAUUAUCUAUUUAUCACAGAUUUACCGGACUAAUGGGUAUGA